AUGGGCGAUCGAUUUUACGGUGAUUUGGAAAUCGCGCUGUCGUCGUACUCGUUGCCGAGCACCGAUGAUUAUUACAACGAAGAGGACGGGGAAAUGGAAGGAGAGUACGAGGAGGAGGGAGACGAUUAUGUGGAAAUUGACGAGAAAUCGAAUGAAUUGGCUUGCCCGUUUUGUAUCGAUGAUUUUGAUGUUCUGGGUUUGUGUUGCCACAUUGAUGCCGACCACCGCAUGGAGGUUAAACCAGGGAUAUGUCCCGUUUGUGCUACAAAGGUGGGCAUAAACAUGGCUUCGCAUGUAAUAACUCAGCAUGAGAGUUUUUUAAAGAUAUCCUUUUUGGAAUGUGUUCGCAUGAUGGCUAUGGCUGUAGCUUGUUAA